CACACGCACAUUAUCAGCUCCCGACGUUCUUGUGCACUCUGAUUUUACUAAGCAAACACAAUUCCGCUGUUCAAUAACUCAUUACAAACCUCAAGUUACAGUAUACCAUUCGUUUAAGCACACUGAACCAGUGAAACACAUGUAUGUAGUCGGAUGUUUAAACAAGAAAUAACAUAAAGAUGGUGCUAGAAUUUUACUACGACCUCCUUUCUCAGCCGUGUAGAGCAGUGUACCUGUUUUUGAAAGCUGCGGGUAUUGAUUUCGAGCCCAAGGUCAUCGAUUUGCUAAAAGGAGAACAUUACCAACCUGAGUUCGUCAAGAAAAACCCUUUUCGUAAGGUGCCCCUCAUAGACGAUGGAGGUUUCAUUUUGGCUGAAAGCGUGGCCAUCAUGCGUUAUAUAGCGAUUCAGUACAACUUACCCGAGCACUGGUACCCACGGGCUGAUGCGCGCUCACAAGCCCGCGUCGACGAGUUCCUAAACUGGCAACACCUUUGUGUUCGUAAGCAUUGCGUGGAGCUCUUUCUUAGUUUGUUCCGGAGCAGAAUUGGCGUGGGUCGUUUCACAAAGCAGCCAAUUGAUCAAGAAAAGAUCCAGGCAGUACGCGAGGAGAUCGCAAAGUCCGUCACGCACAUUGCUGACUACUUUCUCAACGGCAAACCAUUCAUAGCAGGCGAUAAUAUCUCCGCUGCAGACGUUCUCGGCGUCUGCGAACUGGCGCAGAUUGCCGCAGUUGGAGAGGAGGCCCUAUAUGCGAACAACGAGGUCGUAGUGGCGUGGAUGGAAAGAGUCAGGUCCAAACUGCAACCGCAUUAUGAUGAGAGCAUAGGAAAACUAGAUGGGGUAAAGAAAACGUAUGAGAAUGCUAAAGAAAUCGCGUACACUAUUAGUGUUGAACAUGUGGAAUUCUUAAGCGAAAAAAUGGGCGCCGUUAAGUUUUACGCCGAUCUUCGAUCACAACCAUGUAGGGCGGUGUUCAUAUUUAUGAAAGCGAAUGCUAUACAAUUUGAGCUGGAAAAAGUUGACCUGUUUUUAGGGGAACAACUCCAAGAAAAGUUCACACAAGUCCAUUCAAUUCAGCGAGUGCCCGUGAUAGACGACGAUGGAUUCGUACUUGGAGAAAGCGGUGCUAUAUUUCGGUACCUAUCCCGGAAGUUCAACGUUGCGGAUCACUGGUAUCCGGCCGCUGACUUAGCGAGGCAGGCACGCAUAGACGAAUACCUCCAUUGGCACCACACAAAUAUCCGCGUGAAUGCCAUGAUGACCUUCCGACACAUUUAUAUCAACACGGUCCGUGGCAAGCCGGUCAAGGAGGACGAGGUUCGGCGACACAAAUCCGAGCUCUCCAAGGCGCUCAACCACAUGGCUUUGUACUUCCUGAAGGAGCGGAAGUUCCUCGGCGGCCAUGACAUCUCCGUGGCGGACAUCCAGGCGCUCUGCGAGCUCAUGCAGCUUGACGCCGUCCGAGAGGAGGGGCUCUACCUUAGCAACCCGAUCGUGGGGGCGUGGAUCGGCAGGGUAAAGGCGGCGGUACAGCCAUAUCUGGCAGAGUGUGAAGCGGAGGGUGUCGGAAUGAUGAAGCAAUUGUACGAGACCAUUACGAGCAGCUCUAAGCUUUAGAAGUACGACCGGAUAUUACUGAUAUAUAUAUAUAUAAACGGAAUUAUUGUAGAUAUCGUUACCUUACAAUAACUAUGUACGGCGAUGUAGACAAUAUGUGUAAGGGGCUCAGUUGUCCUCCAUUGAACAAUCAGUGAGCAAUUAAGUGAUGUUGUUUCUACAAAAUAAUACAUUUGAUCAUAUUUACGCGUAAUUAUUAAUAAUAUAUUUCCAUUAAAUCGCAUCAUGAAAUUAUCUUCUUACACUUUGAAGUAAUUAUAUUACUUUUUUAUUGAUCAUUUUGUAUGCUGGCUUGAUGCUUUGAUGGCAAUCAUAAAAAUAAGCAAUAUG